AUGAUGAUUUGCUGCCUCGCUCAGCUGGUUCUCUCAGGCUGGGCUCUGACUGCCCCCACAAGUCCAGACAGCUUCUUCUACCAUAACUUCCUCAGUGGAAAUGUCAGCAAAGAAAUUCAUUUCAGAGGUGUGAAGCUCCACGUGGACUCUGCUCAGCCAUCAGUGUCUGCAGUCAGAGGGGGUAACACCACAGUCCCCUGCAGGUUUUGGUACAAGCCUGAGCUGAGUUCACCAAGGGACGUCCGGGUCAAGUGGUCCUGGCUGCCUGCUGCUGGGGGACAAGAGACAGACGUGCUGGUGGCUAUUGGCUCCGACAGCCGAAGUUUUGGGGAGUUCAGGGGUCGUGUGCAGCUCAGACAGGACUUCCCAGGAGAUGCUGCACUGGUGAUGACCGAAGUCCAGCUGAAUGAUGCAGGCCACUACCGCUGCGAGGUGGUGGACGGACUGGAGGACAAGAGCUCUUCAGUUUAUCUGGACCUACAAGGUGUGGUAUUUCCUUACCAGCACCCUCACGGUCAGUACCACCUGAACUUCCGGGGAGCCCAGCAGGCCUGCGAGGAGCAGGACGCCACGCUGGCCUCCUUCACACAGCUCUUCCAGUCCUGGAAGGAGGGUCUGAACUGGUGCAAUGCAGGCUGGCUGGCUGACGGGACAGUCCAGUACCCCAUCACCCGGCCCAGAGUGCCCUGCGGGGGGCACGGCCUCGCCCCGGGCAUCCGGAGCUACGGAAGACGCCACCUGCGCCUCCAUCGCUACGAUGUCUUCUGCUUCUCCUCCCCUUCACUCGGAGGGAAGGUCUACUAUCUUCAGCCGUCUCACAAAAUGAACCUGACUGAGGCUCAGCAGGCCUGUCAGGAGGACGGGGCGGAGAUCGCCAAAGUCGGGCAGCUCUACGCCGCCUGGAAAUUCACGGGGCUGGACCGCUGCGACGCCGGCUGGCUGGCCGAUGGAAGCGUUCGGUAUCCCAUCGCCAAGCCCCGGAGACACUGCGGUGCCUCUGAGCCGGGGGUGCGCAGCUUCGGCUUCCCACCUCCCCAGCACAAGCAUGGAGUCUACUGCUACAAGUCAGAUGAGGAAUGA